AUGGAUUUAGCGGAUCAACAAAUAAUUGAAAAAAUCAGACAACAAAUUGAAGAAUACAAAUCAUUGGAUGAAACUACACAAAAAAUCUUAUCCAUGAUAAUCGAUCUUGAUAAUUGUUAUGGUGAGCUUAUUAGAUAUAACAUCGAACCAAUAUUGAUCGAAUUAAUUAAAGAUGGCGCUAGAGAUGAGGAUUUAAUAUAUGAUGAAGAGUUCCUUCAACAUAAACAUGAUAAAGCUUUGGCAAAUAUCAUUUUUUAUUGCUGGAAACAAGAACCAACAGACAGAUGGACUCCCAUACAAAUUCAAGAAGAAAUCAAAAAUAUUGUCCAAUAUUUAACUGAUACUGAAAAGAAAAUGUACAAAGAGUACUGUGAUAAAAUUGAAGACCUUGAGCAAAAAGAAUACGGAACAUUUGAAAUGAUCAACAAAGCAAGAGAUGAGGGAUUUUAUUAUUGUGAUUACACUCUUGGCGACAUUAUCUAUUAUUUGGAUAAUAGUUUUGACUUCGAUCGGAUCACCCCUGAUAAGUUCAAAGAUUUUAUAAAUACAAGAACGCCUUAUCCAAGACCAUGGAAGAAUGAAUAA